AUGGUAUUGAAUGAAAGAAAUACAUCCUCUUGGUUACGCAGGAUCAUGGCGUUGGCUUGGUUUGCUCAAUAUGUACAUCCUUCGAUGAGAUACACUGAUAUAAAGGUAUGUCACCAAAUUAAUAGACCAAGAGUUCUUUCUUUCCAAACACUCAAUUCUAAUCAACAAUGUAGUAUCUUUAUUACAAGAGGUGGUUGUUAUCUUUAG